AGAUGGGCCCGCGCCUGCCGGGGCCACUCGCCGCAGCCUCUAGGCUCCGCCGAACCAUGUCGCCCGAGCGCCUGCUCGCUCUGGGGCUGCUCUUCUGCGUGGGCGUCUCCGCAGCCACCGCAGAGUCGAUCCGAGAAACCGAGGUCAUCGACCCCCAGGACCUCCUGGAAGGCCAGUACUUCUCCGGAGACCUACCUGAUGAUGAGGACGUCGGGGGCCCCGGGCAGGAAUCUGAUGACUUUGAGCUGUCGGGCUCUGGAGAUCUGGAUGACUUGGAGGGCCCGGAAAGCUUCCCUGAAGUGAUCCAUCCCUUGGUGCCUCUAGAUAACCACAUCCCUGAGCGGGCAGGGCCUGGGAGCCAGGUCCGCUCCGAAUCUAAGGAACUCGAGGAGAAUGAAGUCAUCCCUAAGAGGAUCUCGCCCUUUGAGGGAGACGAGGAUGUAUCCAACAAGGUGUCCAUGUCCAGCACUGCCCAGAGCAGCAACAUCUUUGAGAGAACGGAGGUCCUGGCAGCGCUGAUUGUGGGUGGCAUCGUGGGCAUCCUGUUCGCGGUUUUCCUGAUCCUGCUGCUGGUCUACCGCAUGAAGAAGAAGGACGAAGGCAGCUACGACCUGGGCAAGAAGCCCAUCUACAAAAAAGCCCCCACCAAUGAGUUCUACGCAUGAGCCUCCCACAGGCACUGGCUUGGACUUGAGCAGGAAGGGGAGCCAAAGGAUUGUGAACGGUGGGCACUAGAGUAGGAGGAGGAACCUCAACACCUACCUGUCCGUAUCUCCAGCGCCGAUCCCCUAUCCGGGGUCAAAAGCGACAUCGUCUUCUACUGUGCUGCCUAGCUCUUCUGGGGUUUUGGCCUCAGUUGCCCCUGAAGAAAAAUGGGGGUUAAGUGUGGCCUUUCUGAAGGCAAGCCUGGGGGUGGGUCAUUUUUAAAAAUUUCCAGAUUAGAAUCUAGGACCAGUUUAGAGCCUCUACUGAACAUGCCUCAUGGGGGGGCCCCCUGGAGCCAGGGGUGAAGGGGUAUUUAUUGUGGGAGUCCCGCCUGGAGGUCUGCCUGGCUGCUUCCUCCCCUUUCACAGCCCAUCCCUCUGUGGGACUGGGGAGAAGGAACUAGAACCCCCGGCACCCCCAAGAACGUCCAUCCGUGGGUCCUUGCCAUGGAGCGGGAGGGUUUGUGGUACACCGAGGGCCAUCCUGGGCUCUUUUGAGCGACUUGUGGAAAUCGACCUUUUUUAUUUGGCCAGGGAGGGUGGGGGACGUGCUGCAAGCACACCCUGAAAUGAAUCUAUAGAAUAUUUGUAAAUCAUCUUUAGGGUGUUUUUGUUAUUAUUGUUUUUUUAACAGUUCAUUCCUUUGUGCAGAGUGUGUCUGCCUGGGCAAGCGUGGAGAUGUGAGGAUGUUCUGCACUCACAUUUCACAGCACCUGCGAAGUUUGUAUUUAAUGAGUUUUAUGUUUGUUUGUUUCUUGAAAAUGAGAGAAGAGCCGGAGAUGUGAUUUUUAUUAAUUUUUUUUUUUUUUUUUUUUUUACUAUUUAUAGCUUCAUACAGGGCCUCUCUUUCCCUUUUUAUUCUUUAGCCCCCCCCCCCCCAUUUAAAAAAGUUCCUGCUCCCCUGCUCAUGACCUUGGCCCUUUCUGAAGCUGCUUCAUCUAAGAAGUAACUUUUGCUGAAACAUAGUUUUAUAGCAGAUCCCAAAAUAUAAUAUAGGGAUGGUGUGGUAUUUGUGUCUCUGUUCCUGUAAUAUAUUAUUAUUUGCCCUUGGUUCUAGAAAAAUAGAUAAAUAUAUUUUUUCAGGAUAUAGUGUGAUAUUUCCAGUUUCCUGUUGGCCGGGUGGCUGCGCGAGUGGAUUUUUGCCUUUCUCUUGCCCUGUUCCUGGUGCCUUCUGACCGGGCUGGGAUGGCGGAGGGCAGAUGAUUCCAGUCUUUCUGCCUUCUGCUUGGGGCCCAGCUCAGGUUGUAGGGUUUGCUUUCUCUAGGCUCUAGGGCUGUGCUACACAAUAGAGUAACCACAUGUGGCUGUUUAAAUUAGGUCAGUUCAGAUCAUGUAAAGUUUGAACUUCAUCCUCAUCUGUCAGUUGCACUAAUCACAUCUUGAGCAUCCAGUCACCCCCCGGGGCUCGUGGCUAUGGUACUGACCCUGCAGAGAGAGCCCUUCCAUGCUGCUCUAGAGAACUGUACUGGCUUGGUGAGCUAGUGCUCAGCUCGGCUGGGAUGACUCUCAUCUCCCUGGGAUGGGGAAGGGGAUAGGGAGGAAGGCCAAUGAGGCCCCAGCUGGGUCUAUUAUCUGGGGCUCUCCCUCUUAGGAGAGGCCUGGUGGCUUAGCCCAGGUAGGUCGUUUCUUCUGACCCCACUGACUGGGGUGGGGAGAAUCACCUUCCCUCAUUGUGCCCUGUGGCUGUUAGCUCCCAUCUCUACCCCAACCCAGAGUCCCAGCCGGCUGGGUCCUCUUCUAGCCUCUUCUAGCCUCAGGGUCCUUUUCCUCUUGCUGUGUUGGAGUGAGCACAUCUGCAGCCUGCCCCGACUCUCCUCCCACCCCCACUGUCGUCUGUUACUGAUUUUUUGAUAAAAAGAUAAUAAAACCUGGUACUUUCUA